UUUAAAAUCUAACUGAAUUGUAUCAACUAUGGGCUUAAUUGGAUUAUGGAAUGUAAAACGUCGAGCCAAUCGAGCUGUGAGAAAGUUUCAAUUUGUGGUUAAUAAUAUCAGACGAGAAAAAUCAGGUCAAAACCGAGUUUUAAGAUAUUCUGAACGUUUGAAAAAAUGGUUGUCCGUUUUAUAUCCUCCAUGGAAAAAGGAAAAAGAUGAUGGGAUUUAUGACAAUUUAUUCGAAGAUGGAACAAGAGCUAAUUCUAUUGUACUUCUAUUCCGAAACAUCCUAAUGAUUGAAUUAUUUGGAAUAGUUAUGUAUUUUCUGUUGUCGUUCAAAUAUUCACAAUACCCGGAGUUUAUUGGAACUUCCAUAUCCACAAUUAUCCACGUUUUUCUGAUUUUCACUUUGAUAUUUCCAAAAAUGAUGACGUACUUUAUGAUUUCUAUCCACGUCAUGUUGACUACAAAAAUCAAAAACAUAAUUUUAAUUCUUCUUGUCACAAUGGCUUUUGAAGGUCCUGCAAUGAAUGUUAUUGGAAAUAUUCAUCAAGUAGCUUCUGGUGUUGCCUGCGUUCAAAUUGAUGUUAUGAGUUCAAGAAAUGAUGUGGAAGGGAAUGUAAUGGAUAAAGGAGCUAUGCUUGUUUCUCGGUUUCGUGCACUUCUUCAAAAUGUAUCUGGUCCAAUGAAUAAGGUCAAGAAAAUGCUAUUGGUUCUAGAUGAAAAGAUGACAAAAUUUGUGGACAUCAUGAGGCGACAUUAUCGAGUUAUAGCCAACUUGUCAAAUCAAUGUCGAAAUAUGCUCAAAACUCCCUAUACAAAAUGUCUUGAUAUUUUCGACGACGCAUAUUUUUAUUGUAAGGGGAAAGCUCGAUUUUUUGGAAGCCACGGCGAUGCUUGUGAAAUGAUUCAGAAAACUGCAAAGAUUUGCCAUCAAGCAAAGGGUUUCUCAACGGAAGUAUGUUCUUUACCUUCUAUCAUUGGAAAAGGAGUUAAAGGAGCAGCUGUACCAUUUUAUGCAGCUUACUUUCAAGCAAUUGAAUUCGCGGUGAAAAAGAUUUUCUACGUACACAUUGAAGCAGCAAAAUGGGCACUGAAGAAAGUGAAUCCAGUGAUAGAAGAGAUAAAAAAGGCGAAAAACAUUCGAGCUGAAUACCAGUCAUCUGAUGAUGGUAAACCAAAUGCUGCAGAUGAUACAACUGCAAACUUGAGAGCAAGUAUAAAGAAAAGUUUGAUGGGAAUUGUGAAUGUAUACAUACGGAUUAUCAAUAUAAUUUCAUUUAUUCUUCGAUAUUGUAUCAUGCCAGGAUUGCUCAUAUGGCCGUUCAUCUAUACACUUCGGUUCAUGUAUAACUACAACUAUAAUGACGACUUUAAAAACCGUUUUCUCACAAAAGAAUUUACAAAAAUUGAUCAAGAUUGUGCAUUUCGCGGAGCUCGUAAAGUCAUGCCAUUAAUGGCAAAUGAAUCAAAGCAGUAUGUCAGUCGAGGUCAGUGGAAAAUGACAGAACAAGAGCGACCUAAAUUUCGAUUAGAUAUUUUCAUCACAAUUGUCAGUUGUGUCACUCCUUUCUUUAUGUGUAUGCUUGAUUAUGGUAUAUUUACGACUCUAUCAACUGUUCAUACUUUAAUGAACCGAACAAAUAUCGAUACUCCUGCUCAUUAUGAAUUGAAAGUUGCUGGAAAUAGUUCAAUGUCAGAUGUGAUGAAUGAAUUUCUCGAUGUUUUCAGUCCAUUUACUAAAAGUAUUCGAGACCGUGAAAAUCGUUGGAGACGAUGUUUCAACGAACCAAAUCCUCCAAACUAUACAGAAAAUAUGGUGAUGUUUCUCAUGUUUAUCGCUGCACUUUUUCUUUGUCGAUUGAAGGCAUAUUUUGGAAGGCAAACACUUGUAUUGGCAGAUUACUUCUUUCCGAAUCGAGUAAGAAUUCGUGCAUUGAGCCUUUAUAACAAAAUUUUACAAAGUCGACGAAAUUUGCUGACAGAAAUGUUAGGAAAUAAUAAGAAAGAUGUAGUGGGUGGUGAAGAUGUCAUAAUUCGGAGAACAAUGCAAAGUCGUGGAUUCGUGUGCUCCGAUUGUGUAAAAUGUGAAAAGUACGAUAUGAAAGUGUCUGAUCAAGAAAAUGUGCGAGUGUGUGUUCAUUGUAGUGCUUUUUACUGUAUCAACUGUUUCUCAGUGACUCUUUUCUGUGUGAAAUGCGAGGAGGAAAUGCAAUGUAUUAACGGGAUUGAGCUAUACUAUGAGGAGAGUAACGCAAUUAUUGAUGACUCAGAUAUUUCAUUGAGUGAACGCGAAGACGACGAACCUGACAAAGAACCAACAGAAGGAACAACCACCACCGCAGUAACCACUGUCGUCUGAAUGAUGUUUGAAAAAUUAACUUUCCCGCCGUUGGGGAAAGCGCGCUCCAAUGACAAUGUACUUUUCGAGUUCAAAUUUAUUUGCCUUUUGGCGCAGUUUUCGAAAUGAUUUCGUUCAUUUAUUAGUUUUCUUAUUAUUUCCUCGAACUUCAAUGAUUAUUUUCCAAUUGAAUUCAAAUAAAUUAUCAUUUAAA